AUGGAUAGUGAUUCGAUUAAAAGCUUUAAUUUAUCAUUUAAAAACUUAGAAAGUGAUACGGAUGGAAAAAUGACAACAUUUUGCACGUCGUCUCUAAAUUACAAAUGUCGAAAUCAAAACGAAAUGACCACUAAUUUUGUAACAGAACAUUCCAUUCAAGCUGUAACAUCAAAUCACAGUAAAUGGUGUGACGCCUUUUCUACGUCUAUUGUUAAUAUGAACGCUAAGAAAGCAUGGAAAAAUGGUACUAAAAAAAUUUCUCAAACUUUGAGCAGCGUACAAAGUACUUUUGGAACAAUUACCAAGAAAAUGAAAAGAUCAAAACAAAGGAAACCCUUGAUUAAUUUAGAUUCUCCAUCUCCGGCGACUCCUUACACAAAAAGCAAAAUUGCACUCGGAAGAACACCCACAAAACUCUACAGCCCUUUUGGGAUUGACACUCCGAAAAAAAAAGAAAAUUUAUCAAACAGGAACAAAAAGCCAAUCAAUUCUCCCAAAUCUCAAUUUAAAUCUGCUAGAAGAAAAUUGCAGCAGGCAGCAUUUGACUCAAAACAAAAGAUUGUCUCAUCGAAUUUUAUAAAUGAUCACAUUGUAAUUUAA